AAACAAUAGAGCCCUUCUAAACUUCCGUGAUCUUUCGUUUCUUCUCGCAACUUGACAGCGACCUCCCAUCAUCUCUCUUUCUCCUCCAGUCGGUUCUUCUGAAAAUCUUCAGCUUGAUAGCCUGAAUUCUCAAGUCAGUACUCUGUCUCUGCCUCUCUGAAUUUUGAGGUUUUCUGAAGAUUUGUGAUUGUAUCAGUCUUUGUCAUAUAGAAUUUCUCUUCAUCUUGAUAUUUGAAGAUGCCAGCUGCAAGGCCCAAUACAUCGGAUAGAGAUGGGGAACCAUUUGUUGAAGUUGACCCUACUGGACGGUUUGGGCGAUAUGAUGAUCUGCUUGGUGCUGGUGCUGUGAAGAAGGUUUAUCGAGCAUUUGAUCAAGAGGAAGGUAUAGAGGUGGCAUGGAAUCAGGUGCGGUUGAGGAACUUUAUUGAAGAUCCAGUACUCAUCAACAGGCUCCACUCAGAGGUUAAGUUGUUGAGAUCAUUAAAGAACAAGUACAUCAUUGUUUGCUACAAUGUUUGGUUGGAUGAGGAGCCUAGUACACUGAAUUUUAUUACUGAGGUGUGCACAUCUGGAAAUUUAAGAAAUUACAGGGAGAAGCAUCGCCAUGUCUCCUUGAAAGCCUUGAAGAAGUGGUCAAAGCAGGUGCUUGAGGGGUUAGAGUAUCUGCAUACACAUGAUCCAUGCAUUAUUCACAGAGAUCUGAAUUGCAGUAACAUCUUCGUCAAUGGAAAUAUAGGCCAGGUGAAAAUUGGUGACCUUGGCUUUGCAACAAUAGUGGGGAAGAGCCACGUAGCACAUUCAAUCAUUGGCACACCAGAGUACAUGGCACCAGAGUUGUAUGAGGAGGAUUAUACUGAGUUGGUGGACAUAUACUCUUUCGGAAUGUGCUUGCUAGAGAUGGUAACAGUAGAGAUACCAUACAGUGAAUGUGACAGUGUUGCCAAGAUAUACAGGAAGGUGACAUCUGGAGUGAAGCCCCAAGCCUUGAACAAGGUAACAAAUCCAGAAGUGAAGACUUUUAUUGAGAAGUGCAUAGCUGAGGCAAGGGCAAGACCUUCAGCCUCUGAUCUUCUCAAGGAUCCCUUCUUUUGUGAUGUCAGUAAUGAUGACGAGCCAGAGGACCCAGAUGCUUAACAUUUCAGGUAAAUAAUAUAUGCCUGAAGUUAGUCUUUGACAUUUCUUUGAAUCAAUGCGGCCUAUAGUUAGGUUUCUCAUUGAAGUUUGAACCUAAAACUACUACCCACGACUCUUUCUUCCUAGAAUAUGAUGUAAAUAAAUAGUGGUAGUAGUGUCUUUUUCAUAGGGGUUGGCUCGUUUUGCUAAUUGGAUUGUAUAGUAAAUAUGUUUCACUGAGAAAUAUCUGCUGUUAGUUUUCAAAAUUUUUCUCAAGAAUCUUUUCCAUAAAUGGCCCUCCAGAAAUGCUAAUGGAUCCAUUAGUAUUUAUGUUGAAAGGCUGUGGAGAUUACUCUUCAAGUUGCAUUUGCCAGAAAGGAAAUCGAUAAACAAUCAUGGAUUUCAAUUUUUUUUCCUGACACGGAAUAAUUUAGGCUUUUUUUAUUUGCAGGCCUAUUAUGUAUAAACUUUGUGAAUGGUGGACUUGUUAUAAUGAAUCAUUCGGAAGCUUUAUCA